GAAUCAUGCAAACGGUGUAAAGGAACAAGAGGAAUAACACGAGUAGACACAUUCACCUGCAGACGCCUCCUCCAUAUAUACCAAGUACCAAGUCUCAACUCCAAACCAAGUAAUCCCGGCCAAAUCUGAUUCACGUGAUACUCGUCUAACGCCCGUGGACCGCCUCUGCACCUUAAACACAGUUGAGGUUCCCAAGAGUUGCGAUAUCUUACUCUACAACCACAACCAUACGCCAUCGAAAAGGAUAACCAAGAGGUAUCAUACAAAUCCCGCCUAAAACAACAUACCUUUGAACAACCAGCCGCAAAUAUGAAUCCCGAAUACGAUUACCUCUUCAAGCUCCUCCUUAUCGGUGAUUCCGGUGUAGGAAAGUCCUGCCUGUUGUUGCGAUUCGCAGAUGACACUUAUACCGAGAGUUACAUCUCGACUAUCGGUGUUGAUUUCAAAAUCCGCACGAUCGAGUUGGACGGCAAGACCGUCAAGCUACAAAUUUGGGAUACCGCUGGACAAGAGCGUUUCCGUACCAUCACAUCCUCGUAUUACCGAGGUGCUCACGGUAUCUGCGUUGUCUACGAUGUUACCGACAUGGACUCGUUCAACAACGUCAAGCAAUGGCUACAAGAGAUCGACAGAUACGCAACAGAGGGCGUCAACAAGUUGCUCGUAGGCAACAAGAGUGAUAUGUCAGACAAGAAGGUUGUCGACUACACCGUCGCAAAGGAAUUUGCUGACAGUCUCGGCAUCCCAUUCCUCGAGACUUCCGCCAAGAAUGCCAGCAAUGUCGAGCAAGCUUUCUUGACUAUGGCCCGCCAAAUUAAGGAAAGAAUUGGCACAACCACCGCAAACAACAAGCCAGCGGUGCAAGUCGGACAGGGACAAGGGGUACAAUCGGGGUCUGCUGGUGGAUGCUGUUAGAUGGUGUUAUUUGUCGAUCGGUCGCACCUAAUCUGGGUUCUUGAAGAACCUAGAAUGUCACGAACUUCUGCUUCCCUUUUCUUAUUAUCCGCAUUAGACUGAUGGUCCCUUGGAUCGGCCUCUGUAUUUCGUCUGUCUUUCGCUGCCUCCGCUAGCAAAGCAUCGCAGCAAAAUCACAUAGCAAAUCUUUGCACCAAUGACGCUAAGGAAGGAAGAGGGGAAAUAGAUAACUUUAAUGGCUGAUGGACGGAGGGAACAUAAUCCAGUUGUGAAACAUUUGGCGUGAAAUGGGAGGAAUUUCGGGGAAUGGAUCUUGUCAUUGUUUUUAUUUCCUUUUUUAUUGAUGCACGGUUUUCCUUUUUGGGUCUGAACCUUAUUUUUCGACGCUACUUAUUGAUGGUAUCGAGAUUCUUUUUACAUUUUGUUAUGACAGGCAAGGCAAUAUUCGAGACUUUUUCCGCGAGACAUGGGCUUUGUAUUGUAUUGCAUGAUAUGUGGGGUUUAUCUUGAUUUUGAUGUCGAUCUGAUCUGAUAUGAUGAUAUAUUGUGACAUGUGAAAUGUGAAGCAAUCCCA